ACUUGAUCCCACUACUAUAGCUCGUUCGUCAAGAUGCCAGACAUCCCCGUCGGUGCACAGAUUUUCGACCUCGCUUUCCAUCCAAAUCGCCCUAUAGUCUACACUGGACUGCUCACGGGCCAUAUAAAGGCCUUCGGGUACGACGAACAGGGCAGCCAUGAAGCAAAGUUUUCCCUCCGGCCGUCCAAGAAGUCGUGCAGAGCACUCGCGCUCAGCGUGGACGGCGACCAGUUAUGGGCGGCGGGGAAAGCAAAAGCAAUCCACACCAUCGACGUAGGAACGGGCGAGGUGGUCGACACCCGCGCGGGUGCGCACGAUGCGCCGAUCAACCGCAUGAAGCGUCUACUCCCUAACCUGCUCGCGUCCGGGGAUGAUGACGGGGUUAUCAAGCUCUGGGAUCCGCGGAAGCCAGACGCGGUGCGACAGUACACCCAUCACUUCGACUUCAUCUCGGAUUUCAUGUGGCUGGACGACAAGAAACAGCUCGUCGCGACGAGCGGAGACGGAUCGUUGUCGGUCAUGGACGUGCGGUCAAAAAAGGUGGAACCCUUCGCGCAGUCAGAAGACCAGGAGGACGAGCUCCUCUCCAUACUGCCCAUAAAAGGCGGGCAGAAGGUCGUGGUCGGAACCCAGCUCGGGAUCCUCUCCAUCUUCAACCGCAAAAGCGGCUGGGGCGACUGCGUAGACCGCAUACCAGGGCACCCCCAGUCGAUUGACGCGCUCUGCGCGAUCCCGUCGCACUACCCGAACGCGCACUCGACGAUACUCACUGGGUCCUCGGACGGGUUGUUACGAGCGGUGCAGCUGCUGCCGACGAAGCUCUUAGGGGUCGUCACGGACCACGGCGAGUUCCCGAUCGAGCGCAUUGCGGUCGACAUGGGCGGCGAGGGUCGCUGGGUCGGUAGCGCGGGCCACGAGGAGAUGCUGAAGUUGACGGAUUUGAAGGAGGUGUUCGAGGACGACGACAAGGAGGGUAGCGAUGAGGAGGCACAGUCCGAUGAUGAUGCGGGAGACGGCGCCGCCGCGGUCGGUGAGGACUCGGACGAAGAAGACGAAAAGGUGACCGAAGUCGAAGCGGAGGCCUCUGCGGAGCAAGAGAGGUCGGACGACGAGGGCGAGGAAGUACAGGAGGCGUCGGGCGGCGAAGAAGAGCCUGCCGAGCAACCCAGGCAGCGGAAACGGAAGAAAGAGCAGGACCCGCUGAACAUGGCGAAGCGCAAGAAGGGCAAGAACACAGUAGAAGCAGAACCUACCUUCUUCGCCGACUUGUAAUGAUCCGAGUAUAUCACACAUCCGCGCUUCUGGGAGAGUCCAGUGAGAUCC